AGGCACGCUUGCAGCCCAAAAAAGGACAGGUGCGGAGGGACGCGGCGCUGCGGGAGCCCCGGUGGCUGGGGGAGGCGAGCAGAUGAGAAACGGCUCUCUUGGCGUGACUAUGGUAUUCAAGAGAUCUGAACUGUGUCAAGAAACUCAUCAGUGAAGUACCCUUGGAAAACUACAGAUCCAUUUGCGCUGUUAAGCUUAGGUGUCUCCUGAAUUCUCACUAUGUCUGAUGGGGACUAUGAUUACCUCAUAAAAUUUCUAGCACUCGGUGAUUCUGGAGUAGGAAAGACCAGCCUUCUUUACCAAUAUACGGAUGGCAAAUUUAAUUCCAAAUUUAUCACAACGGUGGGCAUUGACUUUCGGGAAAAGAGAGUGGUGUAUAGACCCAAUGGGCCAGAUGGCGUUGGUGGCAGAGGACAGAGGAUACAUCUUCAGCUCUGGGAUACUGCAGGGCAGGAAAGGUUUCGUAGCUUGACAACGGCUUUCUUCAGAGAUGCCAUGGGGUUUCUUCUACUCUUUGAUCUGACAAAUGAGCAAAGCUUUCUGAAUGUCAGGAACUGGAUAAGUCAGCUACAAAUGCAUGCAUAUUGUGAAAACCCUGACAUUGUGUUAUGUGGAAACAAGAGUGAUCUGGAAGACCAAAGAAUGGUGAAAGAAGAAGAGGCUAAGGAACUUGCAGAAAAAUAUGGAAUACCGUAUUUUGAAACCAGUGCAGCUAAUGGGAAUAACGUAAGCAAAGCCAUUGAAACUCUGCUUGACCUCAUUAUGAAGCGCAUGGAACGGUGUGUGGAUAAAUCCUGGAUCCCAGAAGGGGUAGUGCGCUCCAAUGGGCACAGCUCUACAGAACAGCUGAAUGAGGAGCAAGAAAAAGGCAAAUGUGGCUGUUAACUCAGUUACAAUUAAGUUUAAUGUAUAUGCUAAAGUAUAGUACAGUUGCAGCUUAACUGUUUAACUUAUGGACACAUCCCAUCUUGUAGUUAUUUAAUGAGCUAUAUUCUUGAUACUAAAUUUUGGUUUUUUUCCCUCUCGAACAACAUUGACCUUUGCUUGCAAGGUAGGUAGUUUAUUAGUGAUGGGAGAGAGGUUUAGUUUGGUGUAGCACUGGAUAGUCCUCUAAUUUGGUAGGCUUCUGAACUGAAGGAUUUUCAAUUGCCCUUUGAAAGCUCCAUUAACUACACAGACUAGGCAUUUACAUUAAAUACUAUGACAGCUCUUAGUCUCUAACAGCAAGCUUAACAACAUGGUUCUUGGUUUUGAACAGAAACGUAUAAUCAUUUCAUCAAUCAAUAACAAUCUUAAAGAGCAAAUUCUGUGUUUUCCACAAAAGCCUGCAAAUACCUUUUCCUUGCUGUCUCAAACCAUCAUUUUUUAGUGAUGAAAACCAAAAGAAAGCUAUUCUAUAUAGAAUAAAAAAACUACAGAAAAGCAUAGGGGUGCCUAUGUAGAGCACUUUGGAUAAGUCAUGAAAUUGAACAUGUAACCUACAACUGUACUAUAUAAAACAUAUCCAACACAGCCUAUGAGACCUCCUGACAUCAUUUGAAUUUCUAGAACAUGCAUAUGCGUAACUGUACAUUUGUUGUUAUGUUUCAUUUAUGUUACCACGCAUGUUUUAACAGGAACGUAGGGCAACCUAGAUGCCAGCAAAAUUUCAUCAGAGCUAGUGCUUUGCACUGAAUUUGUUUUACCAAACACAGAUUUGGAAUGUUUCUUCAAAUUUGGAUUGAAAAAUGAAUGAUGAUUGUCUUCUGGUGAGAUGCAGCUAAAAUACCAGUUCUGUCUAGAUCAGUAUUUCUAUAAAUUUAUAAUGCUCAUUUUAUUCUGCCGACCUUUGUGUCCUGUACAUCUUGGUUAUCAUAUAUUCAUUUAUGGCUUGUUCAUUUCCUUUAGGUUGUAUUUAAAAAAAAAUAGAGUUGCUUUUUUUCUUUUUCCCCCUAUGAGUCACAUAAAUGUCAAUUUUGGUUUCAGUGGAUCAUGUUAGUCUCUGAUCAUUUUUAUUUAUUCAUGCAGUCUAAGGAACAAUCAGUGUUUUUAAGGUCUUUUUUCCAGACUGAUUUAUAAGGUGUGCCUACCAAACUGUUUUGUACCCUGGUAGAGAUUGUGUAACUCUAAAGUAUUGCCAAUUAAAGUCAUAACAUGCCAAAUUGAGUCUUUUUACAGACUUUCCACAGCAGUUUGUUUACAAAACUCCAAAGCUAUUACUUCUUUAGAAAUUAUGUAUUUAUUUAUUUAACUAUGAUAACUACUGCAAUUUCAGGCAAUCAUUGAUACCGGUUGUGAACAUGAAUUGCAGCAUAACAAAUUCUUUCAAGGACCAAAAAUGUUUCUAGAAUAGAAGCUAAUAAAAAAAAAAAUGUAUUUGGUGUAGCCUCUGGUUAUAUUAAUAAUGCAAGAAUAAGUGUUAAAACAUGGUUCUUAAAAUACUUUACAAAGUAAUGCAUUGUUCUUUAACAAACACAACAUGUAAAUACUAGAUUUUUAUUACAGCCUACACAGAAUAUUUUAAAAGUGCAAUACAAUUUGACUGCUCUGGGGCUAGGACAGAGAUUAAAGCAAUUUAUAUUGAAUAAAUAUAGGUUUUUUUCCUACUCUACAAUACCAAGAUUCUAAAAUGCUUAUGGACCGGAGUUACUGUAGUUUAACUCAGUGCCUUUUGAAGUUACUAUCAUGUUUCUUACCAGUAUCAAAGUCUGCUGUAGGACACAACACAUUUCAAUGUACUUCAGUGUCUUAAUGUCUUUUAAUGUAACUCUUUGCUUUUCAGAGGGUUGCAGUGGAACUUUGUCAUGCAUUAACUUUAAUGGGAGUUUUUGUGCUUAUAGCUCCACCAAGUUCCUGAGAACAGUAAGGAUUAUUGCAACCAACUACUGAGCUAAGUGACUACUGAAAUGGUGUAACAAUACUUCCUUUUAUACUUAUGUUUAGAUUGGAUAUUGAAUACUGAAACUGUCAUAUUUUUGUCAUGCAUAUUAUAUGUAACUAUUUACUAUAUAAAGAGAGUCUACAUAAAAUUGCUUUGAUGUCAGCCUUUGAAAUGUGCCAUAAGAUUUAUCUGUUGGAAUUAUUCUGUGACAAA